AUGAAGCGCUCUUUCUUCUUCCUGUCCCUCCUUGUGACGACGAUAUCCCCAGUGUUCGGUCUGCCCGGCGAACAGGCUGUAGAGAGCGGAGAUGAGGACGAGAUAGCCCCAGGCCCUGACCCUCUGUCGACUGUUUUCAAUGGGGUCACCGUACCACCCAUGAAGGAGCUACGAGCAUCAGAUUUUGAAGAGAGCAUAAAGGAAGAUUACUGCACCGCGAAAAAAGCGGCUGAUACCGAAAAAUCAUUAAACUCGUUCCACGGUUACUAUGGCUUCCAUUUUGCGUCGUUGAACUGUGCCGCAUAUGCCGAUAAAUGUGAGGAGCUCGGUAUAGCUGGUUUCCCGAGAUUUGUUCUAUACUAUCAAGGGAAACCGUUCGACACAUUUUCGAAUGAGAAGAAGGGGAUGGAAGAGCUCAGUAGUUUUAUUGAAGAUAAGUUGGAGUCUAUUAAACCUGGCUCCAGGCCGCGAGGAGGAGUACACCUCCCCCAGCCCGGUGCUAAGGAAGGUCAAAUGAUACUCCCAAACAAAGAGAAGGCCGAUGAAAGUUCGGAGGCCGAGAAGCCAACCAAGGAAAACAGCGGAGAUUCUUCGAAGAGCCCAAGCGAUUCCAAAGAUUCGAAGGUUUCCAAGACUUCUGAACAACCGAAGGAUUCCAAGGGCCCCAAAGAGGAAAAGGCCCCAGCUCAAGACCCUAACCCUAAGAAAGAGAUCAAGGAAAAGAACUACAAUCUCUCAGGAUCAUCUGUCUCUUUAACCGCAGAAUCCUUCUUGAAACUUGUCACAACAACCCAGGAUCCAUGGUUUAUCAAAUUUUAUGCACCAUGGUGUACUCACUGUCAGGCCCUUGCGCCCGUGUGGCAGCAGAUGGCAAAGGACAUGAAAGGGAAACUCAACAUUGGUGAAGUCAACUGUGAAGUUGAGCGACGCCUUUGCAAAGAUGCACGAAUCUCCUCCUACCCAACAAUGCAUUUCUUCCGUGGUGGUGAGAAAGUACAGUACGAGGGCCUACGUGGACUUGGUGACCUUGUAAACUACGCCAAUAAGGCCACCGAGGUAGUUGGCCUUGGUGUUCAAUACGUCGAUGCAGCAGCAUUCAAGAAGAUGGAAGAAACAGAGGAGGUUAUCUUCCUUUACUUCUUCGAUCAUGCAACCACGUCUGAAGACUUUGCCGCUCUUGAUAGACUCACCCUCAGUCUAGUGGGACAUGCACGAUUAGUGAAAACCGAUAGCAAGGAACUUGCCGAGCGAUUCAGAAUUUCUACAUGGCCCCGCCUCCUCGUUGCAAGGGAUGGAACAGCCAAAUAUUAUACCGCCUUGGCUCCAAAAGAUAUGAGAGAUUUCCGGGCUGUUCUAUCCUGGAUGCAGAGUGUUUGGCUCCCAAUUGUCCCUGAAUUGACUGCUACCAAUGCUCGCGAUGUCAUGGACGGUAAAUAUGUUGUUCUUGGUAUUCUAAACAGACAGCAUACGGAAGACUUCGUUCAAAACAAACGUGAGCUUAAGAAUGCUGCUCUCGAGUGGAUGGAAAAACAAACCAAGUUGUUCCAGCUAGAACGCCAGGAGUUGCGUGAUGCUAAAGAUCUCCGUAUCGAGGAAGCAGAUGAUCGUAAUGACCAGCGUGCCCUCCGAGCUGCAAAGAGUAUGCGUAUCACUAUCCGUGAGGAUGAUAAGAAACAGGUCGGGUUCGCUUGGGUUGAUGGAAUCUUCUGGGACCGAUGGGUCAGGACUACUUUUGGUGUUGAUAUAAGAAAUGGGGACCGAGUGAUAAUCCACGAUGAGUCGAACCGACGCUUCUGGGAUUCAUCUCCAAAUGGAGUGGAUAUCAUGCCCAGCCGCACCUCCAUCCUCGAAACACUCACCCAUAUUGCCUCUUCCUCUCCAAAGCUCAAGUCUAAGUCUACUGUCGGCUUCCUUGAGCAUAUAUUCUUCACCAUUCGUACCUUUGUCAGCUCUCAUCCAUUCAUAACCCUAGCUCUCUGUAUAAUUUCCAUCGGCGUUGCUUCACUGUGGGCCAAGCGCCAAAUACGACGAACAAGAACAACAACCGGGAAACUCGGGGGUUCUUCCAUGGGCUUCUUCCACCUUGAUGGAAAGGAGAAGGGAAUAUUUGGAUCUGUCGGAUCUGGCCCGAGUAAUGGAAAAGUCGAUUAA